GGCAGUAGAGCUCACUGAAACAUCGGCGAAAGCCUGAAACGCCUUACUCUACAACUUACAGACUUACAAAAUUCAAAUAUAUUUUAAUUGUAAUUUUCUAAAUUUGUACGUAAACAAGAAACAGACAUGGCAGCACCAGAAGGAGGACCACCAGGUUUGGCACCACAGGAACCAGAAAUUGGGCCUGAUGGGGAAAUUAUCGGAGGACCCCGCACUCCACAACAAAUCGCCGCCCAGAAGCGUUUACAGCAGUCUAGGGCUCAAGUUGACGAGGUGGUCGAUAUUAUGAAGACAAAUGUAGAAAAGGUGCUUGACAGGGAUGCUAAGUUAUCAGAACUUGACGAUAGAGCAGAGGCCUUGCAGCACGGUGCGUCACAAUUUGAACAACAAGCAAAGAGUUUGAAGAAUAAAUUUUGGUUACAAAAUCUUAAGAUGAUGAUAAUUAUGGGAGUGAUUGGACUCAUAAUAAUAGGACUUCUGUUUGUUCGGUACCGCGGCACACCGACUAUGGGCAAUGGAACACCUCCAGCGCCGACCAAUAGCACCCUUCCAGCUAUUACUAAACAUUGAAAAUAUAUGUAAUACAUUAUCCAUCGCAUCCGUUGGGUUCCACUUCAAAUGAGAAGAAAAUAUAAUAAUAGUUAAUUAAUUGGCAUUAAUUUUAAUGAUCUUCAACUUAUGUAUGUUUAACAAUUUUCUGAACUCUAUAUAUGUCGGCCUACUUUCAAUAAUUGAGGGUAAAUAAAAUAGCUG